CACAAAUCUGUCAUGACCUAGUAGUGAAGACUGUUUAAAAACACUGAUCUCCACUUAGCUUGUAAAUGCGCAUCAGCCUCUUUCUCACACAUACGUUCUCUCUCUCUCCCGCUCCCUCACACACACACAAAGGCUCCUGGAUUUGCAGAAGACAGACAUCCAGGGCACUUCUUGCCAGCCAAAGGAAAAAAUCUUAUGGGACUAAAAAACCACAGCAAUGCUUGUUUACUAUCCAUGUGGUAACCUCUGGACAUCCAGUAAUCCAUUCGUUACCCGCACUGAUCAAGUGCAAGCCUAGUGCAGUGAUAGCUACUACACUCAGCUGAGGAUGGACUACAAAACAAGGGAAAUGAUGAAUUCGGACAAUUUAACCUCCCAGAGCUUCUUCUCUGCGUUUCAUAGCAAUGCCAGCACUCUAUUCUCGGGGCUCCAGUUUGUUCAGUCCUUCAAGCCACUCCUCAUCCCCUGCUACUCCCUAGUGGUUUUUAUUGGCAUCAUUGGGAAUUAUCUUCUCAUCUAUGUUAUCUGCAAGACAAAAAAAAUGCACAACGUCACCAACUUUCUGGUAGGCAAUUUGGCUUUCUCAGACAUGCUCAUGUGUGCAACCUGUGUGCCCCUUACCCUUGCAUAUGCCUUUGAGCCCAGAGGAUGGGUGUAUGGGCGUUUCAUGUGUUACUUUGUUUUCCUGAUGCAACCUGUCACUGUGUGUGUCUCUGUCUUUACUUUGACUGUAAUAGCUGUGGAUAGGUAUUAUGCCAUGGUGCACCCUUUUCGAAGGAGGCUCACAAUCCCUAUUUGUGCUUAUAUCCUGGCUGCUAUUUGGCUGCUGAGUUGUACCUUGGCUGCCCCAGCCUUGGUCCACACUUACCACGCAGAAUUCCCAGAACUGGACUUCUCCAUCUGCGAGGAGUUUUGGUUCCACAUGAAACGAGAUCGCUUAGCUUAUGCCUACAGCACUCUCAUUAUCACAUAUGUACUGCCUUUGGCUGUCAUCUCCCUGUCCUACCUGAGAAUCUCAGUCAAGCUGAAAAACCGAGUGGUUCCAGGCAAUGUCACCCAAGGCCAAGCCGAGUGGGACCGAGCAAGGAGGAGAAAGACUUUUCGCUUGCUCGUCUUAGUGGUGGCAGCCUUUGGAGUCUGUUGGCUGCCUCUGCAUAUCUUCAACAUGAUAAAGGACAUAGAUAUCAGCCUGAUUGACAAGCAGUACUUCAACUUCAUCCAACUGCUAUGUCACUGGUUUGCAAUGAUGUCUGCUUGUACAAAUGCCUUCCUGUAUGCCUGGCUUCAUGACAGCUUCAGGGGGGAGCUGAAGAAAAUGUUUGCUUGGAAAAGGAAGAAAAUUAGACCCACUACAAACUGCAUUAUGGCCAGUGUAGUGCUGUGAGAGCUGGUGGGAGUGCACUUCUUCCAUGUGGUAGCACUGUAAGUCAUUUCCACUUUUACUAAUGAUCAGGGCUUGUGCCAGACAUUUGUCCUUAGGGCUCAGGCAGGCAUACCAGAUAAAGUCCCAUGCAUAGCUUCCCCAGCAGCUUCACCCCCUGCUGGGGAAGGAAUGGCAGAGGUCAUGUCCCAGAAAUGUCUUUGCCUUUUUGAUGAAAGUUAGAGGCCAAGGAGAUUUUAGGACAAUCAGAUCCCCUUACAUACAGGAAUCCUUCCCAUCUGUUUUGGAUGUUGCUGGCAGCAUAGACAUGGGCACAUGGAGGAGCGAGGAUGAAUGUAACACCUAGAUGCCUCAUUGAGGAAAUGCUUUCAACUGGUUAGAAAUGAAAUCUGUGCAUCUACCAGAGUCCGGUCCUUACCACAAGAUCCAGGGUAGAGGACUAGCAGUGUUCCUGUGGGGACCUCUUCCAUUAGGGCCAUGCUGUAAGAAUAGCCUAAUGCUCUCUUAAAUGCACUUCCUGAGGAGCUGACCCAGCUGUGGGCAGGAAGCAAGGUUGGCAGGAGCUGCUUUGAGCCUACUCCUGCUAGCUGAAUUGUGCUGGCAGCAGCAGUGUGCAGAGGUCAUCAUUCCUGAUAGCUGCCCAGGGCGAUGGCUGCCGGUCACACACUCCCUCCAAGCACCUCUCUACAAGGUGACUGGCACGGUUGCGUGCCUGGGGUCCAUGAAUAGAUGAAGACUCUGAGGCCAUUGGUGGGGGGGUGCUGUGCCCACACCAUAUGGUAUCCUUCCUCACUACCAUGUUCUCCUUGCAGUUGGCCAAGCAGCUGGAACAGUAGCAUUUGCAGCAGGGCUGCUCGUCUGUCCUCUGUGGCCAGCAGCGUUAGGCAGGAAUCUUUGCUUCAUGCUUUCUGAGCUCAGCAUUGUCAUGUGAUGCCAAACCUGCUGCGUCUCACAACCCUGCAACACAGCAUGUAGUAAAGCAAGCUGCAAUAAUAGGAGAGCGUAGAUAAAGCUGGAGUGAAGUUAUUUAUGUGAAGUAUAACUGUGAUGCAGAGUGAUUGACUGCUUAUUUACAAACUCACCUGGUAGACUUGCUGAUGCUGCCAGCAAGGAAGCAUGGACAGGAGACAAUGAUGUGUGAUGGAAACUCAUCCAAAUAGGAGAACAUCAAGGCAUACCACCAUUUUACAGAUGGCCAUUAACACUGACACCGAAUCAUGUUCUUAUCACUGUCUCAUGUAAACCUAAUUUGCUGACUCUACUGUAAGGUGGCUGCGUUCCCAGCUAGUGGAGUGGAGUUUGUCAUAGCCUUGUCAGUGUCAGGGUACUUUCUGCUCAUUCCUCGAGGAACUGAUUCUGAUGCGUGGCAAUGCUCCCAUCGGUUUUGCUCUCCAAGAACAGCCAGAGACUUUGUUACUGUUUAGUCUUCUGGAACACGUCUGGAUGUGUCUGUUAAGAGAUAGCGGGUGAAAGGUGCUGUUGACGUUGACCUGUGUAUAAGUAUUGUGUGACCAAUAAAAGAAAGGCCUGUCAAAUAGAAGGGAGAGCCAAGUGCUCUCUUUUGGAGGAGUUUGUUGGGAAGAAAUUUCCUUGGACAUCUACCUUUCAAUAGAGUGAGGGAGUUAAAAGCUAUAAUAAACCCAAUGGUUUCUAAUUUCUUCCCUCUUCUGUCUGAGCCGAAAAUAUCUGAGAUAAUGGACCAGUGUGAGUGAAAAAGCUCUGAAAACGGACAUUUUUGCUGAAGAGGUUUCUUGUAGCCUGCUCAUUUAGAAUCUUUAAUGACGCAAGGAACUAUUAGAUAUUAAACUGAGAUUAUCCAUAGAAGCAGCACAAUCAAGGGGCAAUUUCAGCUUUAAUCUGCAAGGGCAGCUAUCCUACUGUAACUAUACAUGGCCAGAAAUGUAUAUGCUUCUGGGCAAUUCAAAUAGAAAAGUGGGAAAGAAAAGAGGGAAGAAAAAGAUUAAAGUUACUUUAGCUUGUAGAUCUACUCCUACUGUGGAAGUGUGAAUGUUAUUUUGCUCAUCAACAUUUGGUAAACUGAUCAGGUUAAAGCAAAUACACACGUGCAUAUGCACACACAAGGAAAAGCAUUGUGAAAACAUUUGAAAUCCCUUUCCACAAAUUUGCUUAGAAUUUCAAGCUGCUCUGUUGCUUAUAAUUAAGAACUGACUAUUAGAAGCUGAUUAUGGACGCUGAAUCAAGGAAGGCCUUUUAAAGCGGACAUUACUUGCAUUCUCACUGUAAUUAAAUGUACCUAUCUGCCUUGCUUACCUUGAUUUAAAGAUUUCAAUGACUUAUUAAAAGAUGUUUUGCUUUUGUUGAAUUUUAGGAACUCCAACAUUUAUUUUUUUCUUCAAGCCCAACAUAGUAAGUUACUGGAAUAACUGGAGUUUUCAAAAAGGCAAAAAAACCCUCCAAACAAGAGUUUCUAAAACUUGAUUCAUUUCAACUCAAUAAAUUUCAGGACUUUUUUGAACAGAACGGAAAGUAAAACAUCAAGAGAGAGCACCGAAACUAUCUUGUAAAAAGUAGCUUCAAAUAACACAACAAAAUCCUGAUUUUUAAAGAUUUUUCUCCAAUAGAAUCAUGUUAUUCAAGCUGUUAAUCUGUCAGUUUGUAAAGGCUAAUUAGCGCUGAGAUGACACUCAUGUGUCAUAACGUUUACAACUUCAAGCACUAAAUACGGACAGCGCCUUAAUACAAAGUGAUCCAAAGCCCAGUGGAGCAACUAUAAUGACUGUUAACCGCAGCAGGCCUUGGAUCGCUUCCUUCUUAUACAUCAUGUUUUUACCCUCAUUUGCAGGCACUACAGUUUGGUUUGUUAAUGUUCUCUUGAUCGUUAGUGAUCUGCUGCAAAGAGCUGUAUAAAGCAAAUAAGAGUUUGGAUUUAUCUUUUCUUUCAUGACAGAAAUGAAUCGUUUUUCGGUGCAUAUGUUGUCCCUGGGUACCAGAGUACCUUACUCAGGAACUCACUAGGAAGUUGUGGCUAUAGACAUCUCUGGAGCUGCAGCUGCAGAAGCGCCGGGUCUGUAAUCACCAGCAGGAGAUAGUCAGGAAUGUCCAACACUGCAGGCACCAUGGGUGUUCCCAGCACUCUUAUUUAAGUGCUGGUUAAACAUGCACAUGCCUUGAAUUGGUCAGGACUUGGGUUUCCAUCCAGGGCUUUGCUGUUAACAUUGCAUUUUGAACUAGAAAGCUCAGAGCCUGCCCCUUGCCUGAGGACCUUCUCAGUCACUCGGUUGCGGGUCUCGGUUUCGUAGAUACACUCCAGAAACAUGUGUAUGCCACCUUCAUGGGGUCCUGAAGCUCCCUCUUUCUUCAGCAGUCCCACUGGCCCGGCUCAGUGACUGCUGCCUCAGUGGCAGGGCCUUUUUGGCAGGCUUUCCCUGCAUGCUGCACAAAAGAGGUCUGGCCACAAGCACAAGGGCUGCGGGCCUAUGGAGGGGCAGGGUACGGAGGGCUGAGGCACUACUGCAUUCACUCAGCCCUGCUCCUGAGUCUAGCCCCAAGAAGCUCGGUUAAAUAUAAUUACUGUUUUCUCUGAUAUCCAGAGUAAUAAACAAUAAUAAGAUUUAGAAACAUGUUGGUGCACUUCUUUAAUCCAGUUAUGCAAAUAAUUAUAUUAAAAGCCUUCAUGUGAAAUGUGUUUGCUGCCUCCACCAUUCUCUGGGGAACAAAUGUAGUUCUCUGAGGGACUAGGACUCAUCACUACUGUAUUUUGGGCGGUAUAAUUUUUAAUUACAAUUUAAGAAAUCAUUACACACUUUGAUUUUAUAAAGUGGCACAGCUCUAAAUUUGGUGAACCUAUUAACUUUCCCUGUAGGGGUUUUAGUUGUUGUUUCUUGUAUAUAUUCAAAUCCAAGGACUCUCGCGCUGCUGCAGGGAUGGAUCAGGGUUUAUGUCUGAGCUGAGGUAGAGCAGAAUGCUAUAUCUUCCUUGCCUGCUGGAAUUUCAUUCCGGAUGUUCACAGGUACUGAGAGACUUUCAGUAGGUAAGUGAAAGACUCAGGUGUUCUGCAUUUUACAGCGGUAAUGCUGUUUAUGAAGGCUCCUAAGACUAUUCCCAAAUGCCAUCUCUUGUAAACACUCCUAGAUGUGCUGUGGAGUUUGUAUCCUUAUUUUGUGAUAUUUCCUUCAAGUAGAUAUCAAAUGUGUUAGCCAGCAAGUGUGUUAUCAGAGGACAGUGAGCCUUGGACUUUGGAAAUGGAGGUCCCAUUUAGGAUCAUACUUAUUCAGUAUUAAAAUCAACUAGGAGAUUUCAUUGGGGCCAGGCCUCUACUGCUCAGAAGGUUUUGCGUAUCUUAAAAGCAGAGAUUAACAGAGAUAGGAAAGGAGGUGAUGGGGAGAGGCAGGAAAAGGUGAGAUAUCUUUAGAGUGAAGAACACAGAUUUUACUAGAAGGAAUCACAGCUUCACUAUGUGAAGCUAUUCCACAUAACUGUUGGAAGGACUCAUAGGGCAUCUAGCAAAUACAAUGUACUUCGAAAGUUUAGAGAUGGAGAGAUGCUUAAUGAGAUUUAAGCUACUCUCUAUGGUCAAAAGUAGGAUGAUAUUAAAAGACAAUGCAGUUAUGGACCACAUGAAAAUGUAAAUUAGAAUUUGAGCAGAAAUGAAAAACCAGGUUUUCAGACCAAAAUCCGCUAAAUUUUAAAUCAGACAAUGAAAACAAAACAGCAUUUAAUCUAAAUUCAGUUCGGGUCAGGUGUAUCUCCCAGACCUUGAAAAUGACAACUCACAGCAGUCACCAAAGACUACAUUGUGCAAUGCAUUGCUUUAGAUAAGUUCACUGCUUGUACUCCAAAGAGGAAAAGUGCUGUAUUUGUAUCAAAUGUAUCAAAAUUUUGGUUUGUAUCAAAAAUCAAAUUAUAUUUGGGGAAUGGCAGAUCAUCUGGGGUAGGUGAGGGCAGAUCCCAGUGUAAGGCCAUUACUCGGAGGAAUAUGGUGAGUGCUUCCCAGCUGAUAGACUGGGGAAGCAGUAUUUUUUAUACCAACUGAACAGCAGAUGGUCUAUAUAGUUUUACCUGAGCAAAUCUUACUUGUUAAGGUAGCAAUAGUGAGUUAUAAUUAGCUGUCUAAGAUUAAGCAGAGUACAGAUAUAAGCUGAAAACUCUACACCUGCAGCUGGAAAAAAUGCCAAUUUGGACAGAACUGUACAAUGCAUCCGUCAAUCUGCCCACCAAAUGAGAAGAGCACAGAGAAAGAAAUAGUACGCUUGGAAUGAAGUCUAGGAAAUUGCUGUCGCUGCCACUUCUGCAUAAAGAAAUAUAACUCGAAUUUUUGCCUCCAUCCCUCCCACUGCCCAUCAUCUUUUUCCUUUCUCAUAAAAAUAGUAGUUGCAUUCCCACCUCUUCCCCUGGAGAAAAGGUUGCUCAAGAGUCGCAGCAGACAUUCCUACCUCAAAAAAGCAUACGGAAAUCAGUGAGCCUUUACAAAGUGGAGAUCAGCCUCUCCUCCCUUAAACUUCUUUCUGCCAGCAAAAAUAUCAAGUUGCACAUUUGCCUGACAUCAUACAAAAUUUUCCAGUAAACUCCACCUGCUGCAUGAAGCUUUUUGUAAAACUGAUUUGCAGCUGGUAGGAGUGAACCUCGCCUGUUUGCCACUUGGAGCACUGGCUUUUGUGGUUGUGUCAAGCAAAUAUGCCUCCCCAUACUCAGCAAUCUCAUUGUGGGGCAAGAGCAUUGCUAACUCCUCCUACCGAUCUGGUCCUUUGAACCUAAUUUCCCUCUAAAUCAACAGAAUUGGGCCUCUGUGUUACUGAAAGUCCCAGGGAGCAGCCACAGACACAUCAAAGGUACCCUGCCCACUUUAAUGAGAGCUACCCUUCAAAAAUCAUUAUCACACUCCCUGUUUCAAGAGCAGGCUACAAAUGAGCUCAUUCGUACCAUGUUCUGAUAUAAUCAGAUGGGGCAGGCUUUUCCCAGGCUUAUUUCCAUCAUAUUUUGUAUAUAUUUCUCUGCUCCCUGCUCUCCUAACCCCCUCCAGUCUUUUGAAACCAUUGAUCAAUUUGAAAAAGUCAGUAGAGGCAGUAGACUAAAAGAUGCUGAAAUCCUGUAAGUUGUGUGAAAUUAGAAAGAAUAUUAAUGUCUUCUUGGUGUUCAGCAGCGAAGGAAAAGACAUCCAAGUGCUAUCCUAUUUAGGUAUGGUGUAAUUUCCCCAGGAUUACCUAAGGAAUGGUGUAAGCAGUUUAGAACUACUUGUGAAAUUACCAGGCUGCCUCCCUACAGGCACUGUUGAAUUAUCCAAGAACGUCAAGGGUUAAAGGCAUGAAGCUCAAAAAUAUCUCAUUGGGAGUUAUGCCUCUUUGGGAUCUUAUCUCUUCACCAAAAAGCUGAUAGGCUUGACUUUCUUGUCUGGCUUUGUUUACUUUCUCAUUCUACAGCCUGGUUUGUCAAAUUAAGUUAAUUAAACUAGUAAUUGUAUAAAAAAUAAUAUAUGCACUCAGGAGUUCCCUGCUUUGUGUCUCUAGCCUGUUGGAAAUCAACCUGAGAGCACUGCUAUCUGUGGCUGACUGGGCUUUGCCCUCUUUGCAUCUUGUUUAUAUUAAUUAACACCAUGAAGUUGUAAUUUCCUUGUUUUUUUCUCUACGGGAAAUAUAUGAAUGAGGGGAGGAGAUGAUUUUAAUUUCUACAUCUUUGUCAGGCACUGGAGACAUUGGUAUUAGUUCUUCAGCAGCUAGCAUGGAGGCAGAGAGACAGUCUUUUCAGGAAGCUUGAUACUUUCCAGAAUAACAAGAUUUCCUUUUCCUACUGAGUGUAGUUCCUUGGCUUCAAGAUAGCAUGAUAGAAACCCAACCUAUGGCUUACAGCAGCAGAAGGGCGAAAUGUUUAACUCUGUGGAUUUUGGCAGCUCAGUGACACGUGUCAUGCCAAGGACCAUUCCUAAGCCGCUCCUGUAUUCCCCACUGCUGAGAAAGCCUAACUGGCGGAAGCUGGUGCUCUUCUGAGGCUGGACACUUGUGUAAAACAGCAUGAGGGGUUUUCAGCUGGUUGAGAUGUCAUUGCCCUCUCUAAGGUUUCUCAGCCAUAAGAAGUUGUGUUGAAUUACCCCAUCGCACCUGACACCUGCAACAAGACAGGUGGACUCUCUAGUGAAAGCGUGACAGGGAAACAAAAUGGUAGCAGUGAAGAGCUAUCACAGGUUAUAACCAGUCGUGUCUGUAACCAGUUAUAUAUGGGAGUAGGAAGGAGAGGCAAUGCACUGUAAUUAUAAAACUAGCCCUCAUGUAUAGACUGAGUGUUGUCUCUCACUUGCAGUGUGUCAGUUCAUCUUAGGAGGUUUAUUGCCCUGUCCAUCCCUCUACCCACCCCCGUCAUCCCUUUCCUCCCAUCCCUCAGUAAGACAAUGAACUUGAAUAGGGGCAAACCAAGCAUAUACAUGACACCAUAAGCAUUAGCUCAUGGUACAGAGAUAGAUGAGUUGUGGGGGAUGCACUUGUGAAAGGGUCUUUUAUAGAAGUCAUUGAAGAAAGUAGGAGCCAAAACAUGGAGCCGAAAACCAGGGCUGAAGUUCUGAGGCAAGCGUUCAACCAACCCAUCUCUCAGCAAUGACAUUCAUGGGAAGUGCAUGCUGCUCUGGAGGAACUGAGAUGAAAAUAAUCCAAAUGCCAUAUACAAGAGCUAUUCAUGAGCUACAUUAUCAAUUAGAAAUUAAUUUUUGUGUCACUACAUACGAAGUAUUUCGAAUUACAAAGAAGAACCUUCAGCAUGCAGCUUUGGAAUGUUUUCCCCUUAAUUAUUGGAUCUAUUUUAAAUUCAAAGGCUACUGUUAAUGUGCAUAACUUAAACAGGUCU